AUUCAAACCUGGAACAUCUCGCUAACGAUCAUGAUCAAUGUUCAGACUCCUUGUGGUCAUUGUCAGAACUCGUGUGGGCCGUUUUCUGUUUGUGUGGUGGUCCCUGGUGCUUUUGGUGGCGCGUGCGCCAAUUGCGCGUAUCAAUCUCGGUUCCGCCCUUGCUCCCUACACCCGUAGGAUGACGACGAUGAUAAUGACAAGACGCAUUAGCAUGCGCAUUUUGGAGGAUACGAAGAAGAAGAUGAUGACGACGAAGAUAGAUGCCAACUCGGCGCAAUUCAAAAGACCCACCGGGCAUUAUGACUGACAUUUCCUCUCCUCUACACAGUGAUUAUGCUUGUGAUAAGUCUGUUCUACUAAUAACCACACUUUCAGACUCCCCGAAAGUGGCUUUCCAUAUUUCA